UUAGAACCACCUGUCUUGGUCUGGCUGUAUUUGCAAGUAGCAUUAUGCACUAGCACAAUCUAGUUCAUUCCUCAACAUGGCUUCGACCAGCAAACAUAUCGAUACCUCUGAUGCGCUUCAAUCAAUUUUGCAAGAUGAUGAUGAUAUGGGAGAUUGUGAUGUGGAAUCUCUUAUGUCAGAGGAGAGUGGUAGCGAGGUGGGUGAAACCUCUUCCUCUGACAUGUCAAUUUCAGAAGAAAGUGACAAAGCGAAAAGCGAGGAUGAUGAUUACGCGCCUCCUCCAAAAAGACCGGCGCACAUCCCUCCAAAAGGGCGGCCCAAGACGGUGCCGGCACAGCCCCAGAGGGUGCAGGCCCAGCCCCAGAGGGUGCAGGCCCAGCCCCAGACGGUGCAGGCCCAGCCCCAGACGGUGCAGGCCCAGCCCCAGACGGUGCCAGGCCAACCCUUGGAGUAUGUCGCAAAAUCAGGGAUGACUUGGACGACGGAUGCACCACCAGCUGCGAGACGAAGAAGGGCGAACUUAGUCACUCAGGCAGCCGGACCGAAACAUCUCGGAGGCGCAAAGACCAAGCUUGAGUUGUUCCAGCUCUUCUUCACCACCACCAUGAUGAAUACCAUCCUCAUGUACACAAAUGAGGAAGGUCUGACACAGCGGGGACGCGCCUGGAGCCGCGCCAUUGCUAUGAUGGAGCUGUCUUCAGCCAUCGGUCUUCUGCUGUUCUUUGGCCUCUCCAAGGUCAGCCGUGCCAGCAUCCGCUCUCAAUGGCGAAAGGGGCCUUUCGCGAAGCCCCUCGCCAUGGCAACCAUGACCGGGACCAGAUUCCAAGAUAUUCUGACCCUUCUUCGAUUCGAUGACAAGAGAACGAGGGAGGGCAGGAAGAAAAAUGACAAGUUUGCACCGAUCCGUGGCAUUUUCGAUGAUUUUGCUGAGAGCUGCCGCCGGCAUUAUAGUGCUGGUGAGUUUAUCACCGUCGAUGAGCAACUGGUUGCAUUCAGAGGGCGGUGCCCCUUUAGGCAGUAUAUGCCGAAGAAGCCGGCCAAGUAUGGGAUCAAGUUCUGGCUUUGCGUAGACGUGGACAUGUGCAGCCACUAUGUGCUGAACAUUUUCCCAUAUCUAGGGAAACAAGCAGAGGGGACACAGACCAACCUGGGCUCUAAAGUUGUGAAAGAUCUCGUGCAGCCUCUGUACAAUACAGGGAGAAACGCAAACGCGAAAACAGCCGUCACAUUUUCCUGCACGACCUCAUCAUGGACCUUGUGAGACCUCAGAUUGAGUUGCGAGUAGCCGAUCCUAGAGGACUCCAUACCAGCACAACCAGCGCAUUGGCGAUCCUGAACUUCAACGUGCAGUACAAAAAAAAGAAGAUCGAGCCGGAAGGAGCUCAGAAAGCCCAGAUGGGAGACUGCCACGAAUGCCCUCCCUGUCGGCAAGGAGGCAGGAGAACCCCCAGCUUUUGCAACACAUGCAGAAGAUUUGUUUGCAAGGAACAUUCCCGGAAAUUCUAUGCGACAGCCUGUCAUUCCUGCCAUUACGGGGAGAAUUGAAGUUUGAACUGGACUGUUUUGCCGUGUUUUUUCUAAUUCAGUUCUGUACAGUACAUACAGCAAACCGGCAUAAAUCCAAUAACUUCCUCUUGGCGCACUUAUGCAUCACAAUUCAUAUCAAUUCACUGCUAUUCUUCUUGGUCUUUCUUUUGGUUUGAUUUCAUGCCAUUUGUUUGCGGGUUAAUUUCGUCUAGAUUUUCAAGUUAUAUCAUUUUAGAUUUUCAUUCAAAUGGCCAACUCCAACUUUUGUUUGGUUUAUUUCUGGGCGGCAUAAUUUUCAUUGCUGCGGACUUUUUUGUCUUUUAUUCAGCACUGCAUUAUUACAAUGUAUUGUUUGGGUCUUCUUUUAUUUUAUACUCUUGUUUUUUUUUGUAUUUGCAGUAACUUGAUUUAGUUUUAGAUUUUCCGUUUUGUGUUAGUUUUUAGCCAAAAUCCGCUUCUGAUCGGUUUAUUAUUAGCGAACCUUUAUAUUUGUGACAUGUAACCUUCUUAGUUUUUCCGACAACAUUUAUUCGUAUUUAGGCUUUUGUAUUGUUAGACUUUGAUUUUUUAACUUGAUUUGCUAUUUACUGUAGUUGUUAGAAUACAUUUAUUAUAAAACACUGAAAAUGCCCCCCAAAAAAAUCGUUUCUUUCCUUUUCUUUUUUUUUUCUUUUAUUUCAUGGUAAUUAGUGCGGCCUAAUUAGCAAUUAACUAAUUAUAACAAAACAAUAAUACUGAAUUAAUCCCAGAAAUUGUAUAGAAACACUAUCAAAGCUCUAAGAAGACAGAAAAUUGUUUGGCAAUCAACAAAUAACGUGAUAAAUGAGAUAAUUGCAUGUGGGGAGAUGAUAUUCCACCCAGUAACUUGAUAUAGCUAACUUUAUUCACAGACUCCAGCUAAGGGUGAGCAUGUUGGUGCAUGGGUAAACUGCUGUAUAAUGUAACAGAUCCGAUCUCUUGCGUUUCCAAUGGAGUAAAAAACUAGUUUACAAGUGAAAUAUAUAUAUUAAAACCUGCUCUUGAAUAUGUUAUACUUAAGAUGAUAUAAACAAUUACUGUUUGAUGAUAAUGCGCUGAGUGAUCAAAUAUGCUUUUUAAACAUUCUGCACACAAAUAAGGUCAACUA